CAUCCACUUUAAAUGCUCUUUUGUUGAUCAUUGACUUUUGCACGUAUUCAACUUAUUAUUCAACGCGUACGAAAACGAUCGACAACCAAAGAUAUGUCUGUUGCCGGAAGCAAUUCGAAAAGUCCCAAACAAAAAGUAUAAAUGGGCAUCAAAAACAUGGCUUUUGAUUGAAGUACUGUUUUGAAGAAUACGGCAACAAUGAAUGCGCUUUUCAAAAUUGCGUUUUCCACCAUAAUAGUAACUGCCUUGAUGUUCGUAAGUCCAACAUCUGCAGGCUCAUGCUUUGGCCUGUGCAAAUCGAUGCCAACACUUUUGGAUUACAUGCAUCCAGUUGGCUGUUACUGCCAUGCAACAUGCGGAGGGAAAUUACCCUGCUGUUUUGAUAAAAUACAAAUGUGCGAUAACUCAUGCCAAAUACCAAAGAAGGUUCGCCAGGCUUCUUUGGUUGGAAUUGAUAGCUAUACAUAUACGAAGGGACAAUCUAUUAAAUACGAAUGCAAUUAUCACUACGAAAUUUCUGGAUCGGAUACAAGAACUUGUUUAGGAAACAACAUAUGGACUCCUGGUCCUCCUACAUGUAAAUAUGUAAGAUUCGUGUGCAGACCACCAACAAUAUCUGACGGCAAUUAUGAAAUUCAGAAAAAGCAAUACAGAGUAGGUGAAUCGGUUACAAUUACAUGUGAAAGGGGUUAUAUACUAGAUGGAGUAAGCAAGAUUACAUGUGGAAUAUAUCGAUGGAAUGGAAGGAUACCUUCUUGCAUUGAGGAUAGAUGUUCGAGAACUUCGUCUUGUUCUCCAGAUGCAACAUGCAAAAACACAAGAUCUCGAGCAGUGUGCAGUUGUAAUGAAGGAUUUAGUGGGAGUGGAUCUGUUUGUACCAGAAUUCCCUGUUACAAACACACCUGUACUUCUAAAGAAGUUUGCGUUGAUCGUGGUGACAACACAGGAGAUUAUGAUUGUGAAUGUAAGGAAGGUUACGUUCGUGAUGAAUCUUCAUGCAUUGUUGAUCCAUGUGCUAACAACGAUUGCCACAAAAAUGCAUCUUGCUCAGUGGUUGAUGGAGCGAGUGUAUGUUCUUGCAAUGAAGGUUACAAAGGCAAUGGAACUAUGUGUGAAGUUGAUCCAUGUUUUGAGAAUAAUUGUCAUGAACAUGCGACUUGUGGAGCAAGUGGGAAAGGAGGUAUUUCUUGCUUUUGUGACGAAGGUUAUAAAGGAAACGGAACUCAUUGCGAAGUCGCUAAAUGUGAUCCUGGUGAAUUGUACGGGGAAGAAGAGAGCAUAGUAGGAAUGUGUAACGACUGUGAGGACACUUGCUGUGAGGAGAAGAAACUUCGUGAAUGUAGAAUUUGCAUUCACAUGAAAUGCAAUGGAGGAGAGGUUUGUGGCGAAGAAGGCUUAUCCAGAGUGCCCACAGUUUGCGUUGACAAAAAGUGUUAUAAGAAUAGAGAUCGUGGUUUUACUGUCACAGCUCCAAGCUGGGUACAUUGCUUGGACGAAAGGGGAUCGCAAAAAGAAGGUUUCAAUUGCUGUUGGGUUGGAGAGUAAUCAAAAGGAAAUUGAAUAAUGCUGCCAACUUGAUCAUAUUUUUAAAGAAAAAAUGAAAGAUUUUAAUUAUCUAUAAUCAAUGCUUUGCUGCGCUAACUAAAACUAUCAUACUGAGUUUGCUGCAUGUAUUUUAUGAGGUAGUGCCAUGUAUCUUGAAUCAGAAAAUGUUUUUAUUCAUUUAUUGGCGUUUGAAUGAAAUAUUGUGCACACAUGAAGACAUAUUCACAGAUGGUGUAAGGGACUGGGUACAAUUAGUCAGUGCAGUGGUUAAUAGCCUUUUCCUUUUUUUUGCCUCUUCGAAAUCAUCUAGCAAUUCUCCCAUCACUGUUCUGUAAUUGCUGAAAAAUAAUAUUGCUCGCAAAUGUAAAUGGCAAACUUUCUGCAUUAUUUUUAGAUAUAUUCGUGGACCUGGCACCAAAAUAAAAAUAACACAAUAUUAGAAUGCAAAAAGGUAUUACAUAAGCUGGUUAAAUGAAUUACAGUAGUGUUGUGUGGUGUCUCUAAUAAUCGUGUGUUUUUAACCAAACUUAACGAUUCAGCA